AAAUGCUAAUGAAAUAUGAUCAACUCUGUUACUCGAAGCAACUCUGCCAAUACAGGGACGUGAAAAUUGUGAAGGGGCAUACACUACAUCACGCCCGCCACAUCUUCAUUUUGUGAAAGAGAUCGGUAGAGUAACCCAAAAUUGUUCUCAAGUAUGAAAGAGGGGGCUCACACAGCGACAAUGUGGUUGGAAAGCGCCGUAAUCACAGGAAGAAGAAACGAGCGAGACAAACAUGGAGCAGCGUGAAUCGUUGAAACGGCAAAUUGAUCUUCUACAAAAUCUCAUCGAUAAGCAUAAGGGUGUCCAUGGCAACACGCCAAGGCUUCCAGAGGUGGCAACAACAUCCAGAGGCAGAUGCCAAAGUUCAUCUGUCACACAUCCGCACGGUUUAUAUGCUCGUUUCAGCCACGGUAGCUGGAGGGAGACUUACUCUCUCAAAAAUAGGAGCCCCGUGUCCACCGUCUCCACCUCCAGCCCAGAACACCAUUCAGACAUUCACGUUGAGGCUCACGGUGCCUCGCUACCCAGUGAAAAGAGUGAUGCGUCCAAGCCUCCCACUGCAUCAUCAAAGAUGGCACCACACAAGAAAAAAGGACAAAAAGAAACUCUGAGCGCAGGAAUUGAAAAUGUUGCCACAGAAAGAAGAGGGGGCUGUAAAACAACGGUAGCCGUACCUCCAUCAGUCCUGUUAGUACAAAGUACCCAACAGCAAGGGCUGGUCAAACAAAGUGUUGUACCGCCAGGCCCAAAAGCCAGGGCUGACCCAGCCCGGUUCCAGAAUCAACCUAUUCUCAACAGUCAAGCCGACGUCAUUGAGACCCAACGGCCGGACCGCCAACAACAGGUUGGCCAAAGCGCGAGCUCAUCACCUUCCAAGGUGCCACAACAAGCUUUCCGAGAGCAGCCUUUGCCUCGAUCCAGGCAGGCCACAGGCGGGCAAACAAAAUCCAAGUUCACUUGGGUUAAGAACCAGAGUUUCCAAAGCCAACCAAGUGGCUCCGUUUACUCGCAAGCAAACCAAGAUGUGGACUCAACGAGCGGUGCGAAAGCUUCCCUUUUAGGCGCAAGCUCCCUCGCGUCCCCGCUCCCCAAGCAAACCCCUGCCAAAAAGGCGCGCAAGCAGAAUCCGGUCGUCGCAGGCCCCAGGGCCUCCAAGUACAAAUGGGUCUCCUCUUCUACUGGGCUCCAAGCAAAGACUUUGAGAAAGUCAACGUCUCCCAAAACUCUGAGCGGUGAUCAGAGAGCUGUGGAAAAGGGAGAAGCCAUCAAGAAACUCAAAUCAGGCUCCUUCACCACGACAAAAUUGAAAAGGGGAUGUGCGUCUUCUUCUACAAGUUUCUUGUCCAGUAGGUACCACUGGAAGGCGGCCGUUUCCAGGUCUCCAGUUGCGGGUGCAAGAGCGGAAGCCCUCCGCAGGUCUACUUUUGUUUGGCUGGCAGCGAAACAUCACAGAGGAGCAAAAAAGGGCCCACUUUAUUCUCACUUGGGCCAGGGCGUCUCCAUCCAGUCGUCUCCCAACUCAUUCAAGCUUCGCAGCAGGAUGAAGAUCAUUCGCAAGUCGGCUAAUGGCUCCAGUCCAAGCGGAAGCAGCUCACCAAGGGGAGGCCUCUCAUUGGCCGCCAAGCACUCUGCGAGGGGCCACGCGCCCUCGCCUGCCAGGAGGACAUCCGGCAGGGAACUUGUCUCCUUUGGGAGACACAAGUUGAGACGACUCUCUCCGACUUCAUCGAGAGCAAGUGCGGCCUUUUCCUCCCAGCGCGCUCCUGCCUGGCAGAGGAUUUGCAGAGCACAGUACAAGAUGCUGGGCCACCCGGGCUCCAAUGUGGCUUACCAGCCGAGCCUCUCCUGGAGAGCCAAGAAAAUCCAGUCCGCCAGGAGUUUCCUCCAAAGUCGUCAGAGAUCGUCUCUCACCCGACACCCGCCAGCCGCUCACCACUGGACGCGGUCGGGCAUGUGUUGGAUUCGCGGUCAUCUUUACCAAGUCUCGGCCAAUAAGUUGUCCCGGACGGGCUGUCACAACAUGUCCGCCGACCCGACGGGAAGAAGCUUUUCCCAAGUGUCUUCUGUCAAUUCUGCUCCCGCUCACCCGUACAGCCCUCGUCAUCUUGCCAGCCGCGCGGUCCAGCGCAGUCUGGCCAUCAUCAGACAAGCUCGUCAAAAGAAGCAGAGGCAGUUCUGCAUGUACUACAACCGCUUUGGCAAGUGCAACAGGGGUGGCAGCUGCCCCUUCAUCCAUGACCCAGACAAAGUUGCCGUUUGCACCAGAUUUCUUCGUGGGACGUGUAAACAGGCGGAUGGAGCAUGUCCGUUUUCUCAUAAGGUUGCCAAGGAGAAGAUGCCAGUUUGCUCGUACUUCCUGAAGGGAAUCUGCAACAACAGUGAGUGUCCUUACAGUCACGUCUACGUUUCCCACAAGGCAAAAGUUUGUGAAGACUUUGUCAAAGGCUACUGCCCGCAAGGAGAAAAGUGCAAAAAGAAGCACACGCUGGUGUGUCCGGACUUCUCCAAGAUGGGUUCCUGCCCUCGCGGGGCUCGCUGUAAGUUGCGGCACCGCCAGUGCGCCAAACGGAGAGUGAGCGAGAUGAGCACGUCGACCGCACCGAGCGACGGGCCCUCCACCAGGCCUCGCCUGUUGGGGCUGCUUGCGCACGGCUCUCGAGACUUCACAAGCACUCUGGCGCUGCCUUCCUUCAUCUCCCUGUCCAGCUCUCCAGAGGAGCCCAAUGCGCCAGCAGAAGCGGAACCUGCCAAGAGCGCAGCAGUCCAAGAGAAAAAACUGCAGAUAAAACCUCGCUUGUAGGAAGACAAAAGACGAGCCACGCCGACAAUAUUGUUAUUGUAUGACGUUUUGCAACAUGCAAUGUGGGCCCUCAGGUUUUGCACAUUUUGGCGAUUAUUGAGUGUUAAAAGGUGUCAUUGUCAUGUCCGCUCUUUGUGCAAACGUGCUGUGUGUUCUUGAAGGCGGCUGGCUGUAAUUGUUCUUGCGUUCCAUGAACACACUCGGAUGUCGCUCUCUCUUUAGUUGCGACUGCUUGAAAUGUUCACAGUUGCUCACAAUACGUUUCACAGCGUUUUUGCUAUCUUAUGUUAUGCUUUUAUUGUAUUCAUUUUAUUUUUGUGUGCUGUAUUUUCAGAUAUAUUAAAGUGAUAAUCCUUUAUA